GUUAUAUUUUAUUUCUAUGGUUAAAGCCUCGGUUCAAGAGAGGAUCUCCAAACGAGGUCACAGUUCUAAUUCUGAAUUCAGGUCUACACGCUGGCAAGACUCACAUGGUUCCAGCUGAUCCCUCAUUUCAGUCACCUCUCCUGAAUCAUGGCUCAAAUGUUCAUCUAUGGCACUCUGAAGAGGGGGCAACCAAACCACUUCCGCAUGCUGGACAAGAGCGUUGGAGCUGCGCAGUUGCUUGCCUCUGUCGUCACAACUGAGAGAUUCCCCCUAGUGAUCGCUGGUGAAUACAACAUUCCUUUCCUCCUCAACCUCCCAGGUCAAGGUCACAGGGUUCAUGGCGAGCUCUAUAGAGUGGACGAGGCCUUGCUACAGUUCCUGGAUGAUUUUGAAGAUAUUCCCACAAUGUAUCAGCGAACGCUGGUGACGCUGAAGGUGAAGGAGUGGCUGGGGCAGCCCGACGAUGAGGAGAGGGUCACUGAGGCCUUUGUGUACAGUACGACGACGUAUCAGCCGGAUUGGCCCUCGCUGCCUCACCAUGAGAACUAUGAUUCCCAGGGCGAUCACGGGUUUCGGUAUAAACGCCACUAAAGCUGUUCGUCCCAUCGUGCUGAAUGUUUAUGUACUGGCAUCUUCUGCUGUGUUUCCUAACCUUUAUUGAUUGUAUGAAGGAGCUUAUUGUACACUACAUACAUUAUGGAUAUGGAAUGAUAUACGUGGACACAUUAAUAUAGUUGCAGGCAUAAAUAGCCUUGUGAGGGCAACCAUAACUGCAAUAAAAAAAGUUUGACUCUCCAGUAUUAGUGCAACUGAAUGUCACCUUUAUGCUCCUGUUUUGGCCGAACAAAAUUGUACAAUUGUAUCCUGCUCAAGACGAUUAUUUUCUGUACUGUGUUGUUCUAAAUACAAAACAUAAUUCCUCCUGAGUACAAACAGAUUGUUGUCUUUAUUUAGAAUAGAAAAAUGUCAGGGUUGGAGAAGAAAACUCCUUCUGAAGAUUGUCUGUAUAAGUGAGGCACAAAAAUGUGGCAAAGUAAUGAAUUGAAAAAA